AUGUCUGGUAAUGAUUUUGCUAGUAUGCCAUUGUCCGGUAACGGGUUUAACAUUGAUACGAAUAUGAAAAACACUGCUGAUGUUUUUCAAACAUCAUUACCUGGAGUCAUACAGGAUGAACCUUUCUAUCAACAAAAUGACACUGCAAAAGCUACAAAUAAGAAGAGAACCGGGAAAGCGUGCGAUUAUUGCAGGAAGAGGAAAAUAAGAUGCGAUAAUUUCGAUUCGAAUAUUGGGAAAUGUGCAAAUUGUAUAAAAUUUAAUAUGAGCUGUACUUUCUACUUCCAUAUCAAUUUACAAAAGAAGAGACGACAGAAAUUUAUGAAUGAAACAAAAGAGCAAUUUAAAGAUCUUAUGAAUGAAGAGGCUGCCAGUAAUACUGCUGUCAAUAACACAAAUACUGUUACCGAUGAUGAAGCACUUACAGCGGCAUUUCCCAAACUUCUUGAUACUGAAUUUGAAAAGGUUGGUAGGAAACUCAUUGUGAUCGACGAAAUUUGUAAAAAUCUGGACUAUUUUAUAGAAGAUAUCAAAGAACAUAAUGAUUUACAACAUUUCGAUUACGAAUUCUUACCACUUGCCGCUCAGAAACAUUAUCAAACAAAUUUAUUUUCAAUUCCAAAGAUCAGAUGGAUCCAUAAAAAGAUUUCAAGUAAUUUACCAUUAGAGGAAUUCAUGAACCCUAUUCAAUUAAUGUUCAAUACAACUUUCAAUUGGUAUCUUGUCCAACUCAAGAAAUCAAUCAAUUUAAGUGCUCUUCUCCGUAGUGAUAACCGGAAUUUCAAUGCCUUAUAUGACUUACCAUCGAGGCAACAAUGUAAGCGUCUUCUAGAAAAUUUUCAUACAUCAGUUUUAUAUGCUAUACCUUCUUUGGUGUCGUUAGAUGAAAUUCUUAAUAUCUCCGAAAAAUAUCAUAGUAAUGAACGCUUAUCAUUCUCUGAUCUUUUUUUAUUGAACGUAUGUCUAAUGAAGGGUGCCUCUUCAUCACUGAUUAUAAAUACAAAAGAUACUUACUACUUAAGAAAAGAUAAAUUUUUACCCAAUUCUGACGAUUUGAAAACCAUUGAGAACAAUCUUUCAAUUAACGUCCAUGUUUAUUAUAAUAGAUUAUUGACAACAAAUGCCUCCAAUCUAAAAAUUUUGAAAGCUCUUCUCAUUUUCACUAAAUAUCUGACAUUAAAUGUGAGUUACGAAUUAGCUUACCCAGUUCUUCGAAGAGCAGUGUCAGUAGCAAUUGAUCUAGGCCUCAACAAAAUAUCGUCAUAUGCUCAUCUAACACCGGAAAGAUCCUUGAAAAGGAGGAAUCUAUGGAUCCAUUGUCUAAGUUCAGACAAAUUAUUCGCUUCGAUUCUUUGUAAUGCCCCACUAAUUAAUGGAACCGAUACCAAUAUCCUCGAUGAUGAAAAUUACAUCGCCAUAAUUAAACAAUUAGACAAUUCAAACCCAAUACCGCAUAAUAAAAUCAGUGGAAUCAACACCAUGAAAGAAGCUUUUGCCUACAUUGUUCACAAUACCAGGUUCAUGCCUGUUUUCACAGCAUAUUAUAACAGUAAACUGAUCAAUAUUGAAGACCAAAUACUUACAGUGUGUUAUCAAUUGAAAAGUACGCAAAGUAUUGCUUUUGAUGAAUUACUCGAUACGGCAUUGAAACUUAACGAAGAUUUGAUGAAUUGGCAGGGUUCAUUAAAUCCCUGCAUGAAGUUGGAAAGUUUCAAAGAGUAUUAUAAAUUAUUGUCAUUUAAAACCUUCAAUACUGAAACUCCAGAAUUACAAUUUGAAAUUGUAUGUUCAAGGAUCUUGAAGAUUCAUUUCCGAUUUUUCUAUUCAGUUAUCAUGCUAAGUCACUUCAUUGUUGCAUUUGUCAAUGAUAAUCGAAAAGCAGGAACAGUGACAAGGAAGGAUUUAGUUGGAUUGAGUCAAAAGUUUGUUAAACAGUAUAAGGAUUAUUCCAUUAAAAUGAUUAAAAUCUUUAAUUCGUUAAAGUACCAACCUUUCCUUUACAACGAAUUAAUGUAUUUUUUCAAUACUGGCGUUUAUUCAUUAACCUUUUACUUAUUCAAUCAAAUCGAUGAUAUGGAAAAUAAUUUAGAAAACGCCUAUUUUAUUGAAAUGCUGGUAACUACUCAUACUCAUAUAGCGGGUGAAAACCAAGAAAAUUUCUUUGGCAAUAAUAUGAAAUGGAAUGUCGAUAUGUUUAUUUUCACAUUUUUAUUGAAAAAAAUUAUUCAAUACUUCAAUGAAAGGAAUUCAUUUGCAAAGAUAUACAAUUUUGAUCCCAGUGUAUACGACCAAAUGAUUUCAACAUUAUUAAAAAAGUGUUUUGAAAUUAAACAAGAAACUGUUGAUAUUUUCAUUUCAAGUUUGAAUGAAAAUGAAAUCGUUUCAAGUCUAAAAAACGAGACGAUGGAUAUCUAUGAUGAUAUUUCAAAGCCAUUCUUAAGAUUGUUGAAGACAGACCAAGCUGCUUGUUCAAUCCUACCUGUACUUGAAAAUAGAAAUUGA